AUGUGCUACCUCCAGCGUCUGAUGGACACGAGCCCGUUGCUCCAAAAGUCGUCGACCGGUCGGCCGAAUGUGGAGUUGCUGGAUGGCCGUAAGCCGAAACGUGAACCGACUCCUAUAACGAGUCACCACGAGAAACCGGUGAGUGAGCAGAUCCAUCAGGAUGUGCUCGGUGCAGCAACGCGUGCAACCCGUGCCAUCUUUCACAGUCUACGUGAUCAAACUCAUCGCCUUCAACGAUGCCAGCUGUACAAAAUUUUGACGAACACGACGCAACCGAGUCACGCAAUAUCGGCAAUCGUGGUGUCCCUGGUGCUGGUGGCCCUUUGGCCCAACCUGAUCAGUGGAAAUGGUGACGCGCAACAGCAAUGUGAACAUGGCCAGCCGGAAGCGGGUCACAGUCGUGGCAGUCCGCUGACACAGAUUGCCUACCUUAGUUCCUUCACCAUCCACUUCGGUGCACAAAUAUGGAUGACGUUCGUUUCCGGACUCGCCUUGUACUUUUCUUUACCACGCCACACAUUCGGACUGAUCCAGGAAGUACUGUUCCCGAAGUAUUUUACGCUCGGUACCGGGCUAAGCACUAUCAGCUUGGUAAGCUUCGUAGAACUUCGUCGCAGUACUCGGCCAGAGUUGGCCGACCGUAACCUAGCGCACUGGGAUCCGGUUGAUCUGCUGCAGAUAGCCGCGUUGGCAGUAACGGCCUCGCUCGAGCUGUUUGUGCGCCUCUACCUAGCACCGCCAAUGUUGCGCCUGAUGCACGAAAAGCAUCGCAUCGAGGCACGAGCCAGCAUCGGUCAGGAAGUGGGCCAGUUCGAUGGCACCGGUAACGGUCGCCUGGAGCGUUCGCUACACUACAAGGCGACGCACAAAAAGUUUCGCAAGAUACACAUGGCCACCGCCAUCCUCAACAUGGUCUCACUGACGUGCACCUGUGUGCAUCUGCUUUACCUCGCAACGCGCGUGACCGUUUAA